AUGUCAAUCGAUUGGAAAUAUGAUAUGUCAAUGGGUGAGGUUAUUGAUUUUUUAGAAAAUAAUAGCCUCUCAAAAUAAUAAUACAAAGAUGUUAUUUUAAGUUACCAUAUCUAAAGAUUAAAUCAAAACAAAAUUAUAAAAUCGACAACUCAGACUUCAGGUCAAAAACAACAACAUUUAGUCACCACAUUAUCUCAAAAAAUAGCAGACGCGAUUAAGAGUCAUUAACGGAUCUUUAAUGAUUAAUUCUUUCAUACCGAGGCAAUGUUUUAAUAAAUUCUCACUCAAAAUGUUCAAUAGCUUAAUGAGAGUAUGGAAAAAGUUAGUACUCAAUUGUUGAAUUUGGCUCAAUCCAAAAGUAUUAAUUCAACUUUGUCUAUACUCGAAAAAACAUAACAAUUUGAAAAAUAUGAUUCUACAAUUAGUGGUAUUAGCGAUGUCCAAUCUGAGUUGAAUUAAUUAGAGAAAUUUCUGUCAGAAUACAAGUUAAGGUUUAAAGAACUAACUGAUAAAUUGAGAAAUCACCAAAAUAAAUUUAACGAUGAAAGAAAAAAUAAUAAGACUCAACAAGAACAGCUUCUAAAAAAUAUAUUGGAUAUUUCAAAUUAAUAAUAGUGA